AUGGAUUCCCUCUCUGCAGGCUUGUCCCGGAGCGUGAGGGUCCCAGACGCCGCCGCGGGCCGCAUGCUGCAGAAACUCCGAGGAAAGAGUGAGUUCACCAUCGCGCUGACGCUCAGACAGGAGAAACUCAACUCUGGGGUCAUACUCUCCAUUCAUCACAGAGAACAGAGGCUGCUGGAGCUGGAGAGCAGCGGACAGAAGAGCGAAGUGCGUCUUCAUUUCCAGACUAAAGGCCAGCAGACGUACACAGAGAUCUUCCCUUACAUGCUCGCCGACAACCAAUGGCACAAAGUCUCCGUCUCCAUCAGCGCUUCACAUGUGGCGCUCUAUGUCGACUGCAAUAAGAUCUACGAGCGAGUGGUUGCAGUUCCUCUGAUGGAGAUCGCAGAAGACACGUCGUUCUGGGUCGGACAGAGAAACAGCGCUCAUGGCUUAUUCAAGGGAGUGAUGCAAGACGUUCAGAUCCUUGUAAUGCCUCAAGGAUACGUCACGCAAUGCCCCGACCUCAACCGCACCUGUCCAACCUGCAACGACUUCCACGGACUCGUGCAGAAGAUCAUGGAGCUGCAGGACAUCUUGGCCAAAACGUCGAGCAAGCUGUCUCUGGCCGAGGAGAAGAUGAAGGGUCUGGACUCCUGUUACUGCGAGAGGACGUGUCAUGUGAAGGGAGUGACCUACAGAGAGGAGCAGACCUGGACCGACGGCUGCAAGAACUGCACGUGCUCGAAUGGAACGGUCCGCUGUGAGAAGAUUCUGUGCCCCCUGUUUGAGUGUCCUGAUGGUACGACCCCAGCAUAUGUGACAGGAACUUGCUGCAAAGAGUGCCAGUUGAUGUGCUUGUUUUCGGGGCAGACGCUGGUGGAUGGACAACGCUGUGCUGUUCACGAUCCCACCGCGGGACUCUGCCAGCUGUUUGAAUGCAAGGAUCGCACGAUGCAUAGAGUGACGGACACGGAAGACUGUCCGCAGCUCACCUGCGCUGAAUCUGACCAGAUCACACUGACAGACAGAUGCUGCAAAGUCUGCAGAGGUCACGACUUCUGUGCGGAGGACAACAUCUGUGCGGAGAACUCGGCCUGCGUGAACUUAGACGCCGGGGCCAGCUGCAGCUGCAAGAACGGCUUCCGGCUGCUGCGCGAGGACAGCGUCUACUGCGAAGACACGCUGGCUCACAGCGAGCUGGACGCUCCUAAACGUUCCCGCGGGACACCGUUCUGGACGCUCUCGGAUCGGGUUCAACAACAGAACGGAAGAGGAAUGUCUGGAGGAGAAAUCAAAGUGUUUUGA